AUGGCAUCUUUUAUAAAAAUUUUUAUCACUUUGAUUGCCAUUAUUGCCUUUUUAUCGCAUUUUACUGUCAGUGAAUCAUCCGAUGCUGUAGAUGAUUUCUGUGACAAACUAUUGAAUGAACAAGAACUUGAAUGCGUGUUACCUGAAUUAAAGCAAGAAUUAACUUACGUUGAAGGGACCAAAAAACAAGCUACUCAAGAGAUAAUUGACAUUUUCGAAACCAAACCUUUGAGUACUGAAUGCACUCCCAAAAAAGUCUUAUCUAUUAAUGAAUUGCCAGGUUAUAUUGUUGGUAAACUUACAAAGAUAUGUGAAACAGUCCAAUCUACUACCUCUGGCCCGGUUGAAGUUGUGAAAAAUGUCGACCCUCAAGCCAAUGUCGACCCUAAAGCCAAUGUCUCUGCUUAA